AUGCAUUUUCCUAAUUAUACAACGGUCGUCCUCGACUUGGGCGGCGUGCUGAUUAACUACGGCGCUAAGAACACUGUCGGCUUAACCUCAACCCAAAUUAAGAGUGCUCUCGACUCCCCACACUGGCAUGAGUAUGAGAGAGGCAAGGUUUCCAAGCAGGAUGCCUAUGAUCAAGUCACUCAAGCAUUCAACAUUGAUCUAGAGACUUGGACCGAGGCACUGGAGCAGAUGAAAGAUGGAAUGCAACCUAAUAGGGUGCUUAUAUCUGCUAUCAAGGACUUGAGGACAGCUUAUCCAACAGUCAAGAUCUGUUGCCUAUCAAAUAUUCCAGAACCAGAACUUGCUCUUCUCAAAGAUGAGAUCGAGAGCUGGGGCAUCAUCGACCAAUUCGUCGCCUCUUCCGAUCUACAGCAGAGAAAGCCCGAAAUGGGAACCUAUAGCGCAUUUUUGGAGAAGAUACAAGAAUCAGCGGCAAACUGCAUCUUCAUCGACGACAAGGUCGGCAGCGUGGUCAACGCACAAGGCCUAGGGUUCAAAGGCAUCGUUUUCAGCACUUCCGAUGAGCUCAUCAGAGUUCUCCACAAUCUACUCGGCGACCCUGUUGCUCGCGCAAAUCUUUACUUGAAGCAGAACGCAAAAAGCCUCUUCUGCACCAUGAAUACAGGUGGUCUUCAGCCGGACAACUUCUCUCAGCUGCUCAUCUUUCAUCAUACAGGAGACCGAGACCUUGUUUUGCUGAAGAACGAGGGCGAUACAUGGAAUUACUUUCAUGGCAGUCCUACGUAUGAUGGCACGACAUACCCGGAUGAUCCCGACACAACGUGUUUGGCAUUGACGAUGCUGGAAGAUAUUUCCAUAGGACAAAAGCUCAAGGCGAGGGAUGUGAUGUUAUCUUAUGUUAACAAAGACGGUCUUCCAGAAGCUUGGUUCAAUAAGAACCGCCCACGAUUCUGUCACUGCAUCUGCGCCAAUGUCUUUCGCUUCUUCACGAUCAACCACUGGACUGAGAAACUCCCCAAAGUCUACGAAUAUCUCUGUCGCGUACUAGAGACCAGAGCGUUUCUCCACGGCAGUCGUUACUACAAAAUCCCAGAUUGGUUCUUAUACAUUCUCUCAGACCUCUGCGCCAGACGUCCAUCUGACGAAAAGCUUCAGGGAAUGAGAGAUUUGCUUGUUGAGUGCGUCGAAGAACGCAUGGGAUGCGAUGACAAUAUUCUCGGGGCUGCAAUGAGAGCUUUGAGUGCUCAAUCUUUGGGUUUGAAGAAUGGUAGGGAUCUCAAAAUUUUACUGGAGAGCCAGCAGGUUGAUGGUGGAUGGGAGUUGGCAUGGUUGUGGAGUUAUGCGACUAAGCCACUAAAGAUUGGAAGUAGAGGCGUUGUCACCGCUAUGGCCAUGGAUGCGAUUCAGCAGGCCAUGGGCUGA